AUGGAGAAGCUGGAAGGCAAGGAGGAGAUCCGCGUCGAGCAAUGCGUCGCCAACGAUCCCAAGGAGGUCUAUGGCUUCGUCUACGAGGACCCGAAGACGGUGCCCAAGAAGUCUCCAGCAGAGCGCAGGCUCCUCCUCAAAGCUGAUCUGUUGAUCGUCGGCAUGACCUCGUUGGUGUUCCUGGUGAAUCAGUGGGCACAUAAUGGCACACUAUUGCUCCCCAGUACCAUGGAGAAGGCUUUUUUGAUUGACGACGAAGAACAGGAUCGAGGGAACAUCGGCAAUGCCCGCGUCAUGGGCUUCCAGGAGGACUUGCACAUCAGCAAUGGACAGUUCUAUAACGCCAUCUCCCUCUACUAUGUCGGGUACAUCCUCUCCAUCCUGCCCGCGAGCUUGUCUGUCCGCUUCCUCAAACCGCACAGACAGAUCGGCGGCUGUGUCAUUCUCUUCGCCACGCUCUCGUGCUGCAUGGCCGCUGCAAAGAACGCCCGCACAGUCUUGGCCCUGCGUAUCAUCUUCGGGUUCGCUUCAGCUUUCCUUCAAGCUUUGACGCUGUAUAUCAGCAUGUGGUACAAACGGAAUGAAAUGGCAACACGAACUGGCAUCUUCUAUUCCGCCGCCACCAUUGCUGGAGGCUUCAGCGGUCUCAUCGCUUACGCGAUCCAAAAGAACCUUGAUGGUGCCCUCGGCAAACCCUCGUGGUACUGGCUAUUCAUCAUUGAAGGUGUCGCUGGUAUCUUCGUUGGUCUGGCCUCUUGGAUUCUUUUGCCGCCAUCCCCAGACCAGUUAAAGAAAAACCACUGGAUCUUCAGCGACAAGGAAAUCGAGCUUGCCAUCAACCGAAUGAAGACGUACAACGUCGCGCACGCAGGCUUCACAUGGAAGCAAAUGUGGAUUGCUCUGAAAGACCCCAAAACGGUUCCCUUCUGGUUCAUAAGCGCGGGGAUUUCCCUGGCGUUGGCUUCAAUUAGUGCCUUCUUACCCAGCUUCAUAGCUGAGUUUGGUUACUCCCGUGUCCAAACGCAGCUCUUUUCAAUCAUCCCAUAUGCUUGUGCUUUCGUCACCUUGGUUGUGGUCAACAUCGCCUCCGACCGGCUCAACCUCAAAGGAGUAUUCCUGAUGGGUCUCCUUUGUACCAGCAUCGUUGGAUACGUCAUCCUGAUCGCUGUGCACAAUGUCAAGGUCAAGAUAUUUGCGACAUGUCUGAUUACUAUGGGGACUUUCCCUGGUGUGACGCUUAUGGGAGCUUGGAUGAAUAUCAACACCGGUGGCUUUACCAAACGCGCCACCACCUGGGGCACGGCCGAGAUUGUUGGCCAAUGCUUUGCCAUCCUUGGAUCCCAUAUCUACACCGAUCCCCCACAAUACGUCAAGGGCCACUCGAUCGCACUGGCCUUCGAGCUCCUUGCCCUGUUGUCGGCCGUUUUCUGCUGGCUCUGGAUGCGGUGGCUCAACCAGAAGAAGGAAAAGGAGGCGUUCGAACACGCAGAGGCCGGGACGACGGACCCCAACCUCCACAAGACGCUUGAGGACAUCCAGGACUAUCAUCCCUCAUUCAGAUAUAUACUGUAA